AGGGGAGGUAUAUAUAAUUUUGUAAAUUUCAAGGGAGGCUAGUGAUUUGUCAGCAACCUCCCCUGAGGUUUCUGAAAUUAUCCCUAAAAUUUAAAAGCCCCACCCACUCUCAACAAUAAUCACCACUGUCCAUUAAAACAAACGAAACACCGGCAGCAGCGGAGCAAACUCAGCUCUAAACUGCUAAAGCAAUGCAGUUGUAGUUGCAGUAGCAAGGAAGGAUUACGAUCAUCACCAUCCAAUACGCAAAAGCCACGCCCACGCAAUCCAAUGCUGAGCAGCUUUGCUUUUACUUUCCCAGACUCGGCCAAAUUACUCUUCGGCGUCCAUUCAGUCAAGCGGCGAACCACCUCUAGCUGACGCACUCAAUUUUCCAGAUGGCCAUAAACUCUCACUAACGGACGAACCUCACCUCCUCCACCUAGGUGGCAAAACCAGGCGCAGGCGCUUUCGUAGCGCCCUUAAAAUGCUAUCUCCAGACCAGUCACACCUUCAGACAGCAGCCACCAUGCCUAAGCACAACAGCCUCCUCCGCACCAAAACCUCGUCGUUUUUCUCCAGCUGCUUUCUUUACGCUGCCGGAACUUCCGCUUCCUUUUUAUUAGCCUGGGCCUUCUGGUCCUUCUUCAGUAGCCCCGCCCCUUCUGCGAAUCCCUCUUUCUCGAGGGGCCUAGCUUCCGAGGCUGCCCUCAGCUGCCCCGCCGGGAAAGCGGGUCACAACCGGAGCUACGAUCCGCCCGACCCGACUUUCUAUGACGACCCGGAAUUGAGCUACACCAUUGAGAAGACCAUCAAGAACUGGGAUGAGAAGAGGCGGGAGUGGCUCGAGAAGCAUCCCUCGUUCGCCGCCGGAGCAGCUGACAGGAUUUUAAUGGUCACGGGUUCUCAGGCGACGCCCUGCAAGAACCCUAUCGGGGAUCACUUGCUGUUGAGGUUCUUCAAGAAUAAGGUGGACUACUGCAGGAUCCACGGCUACGAUAUCUUCUACAACACCGUGCUGCUGCAGCCGAAGAUGUUCUCGUUUUGGGCAAAAAUGCCUGCCGUGAAAGCGGUCAUGUUGGCCCAUCCGGAGGUGGAGUGGAUCUGGUGGGUAGACUCAGACGCAGCCUUCACCGACAUGGACUUCACGCUGCCGCUGGAUCGCUACAAGGCCCAUAAUUUAGUGGUCCACGGCUGGCCUCACUUGAUUCACAAGGAGAAGAGCUGGACGGGGCUGAACGCUGGAGUGUUUCUGAUGCGCAACUGUCAGUGGUCAAUGGAUUUCAUGGAAGAAUGGGCGAGCAUGGGGCCUCAAGCCCCGGAGUACGACAAAUGGGGCGUGAUUCAGCGGACGACGUUCAAGGACAAGACGUUUCCGGAGUCAGACGAUCAGACGGGGUUGGCUUAUCUGAUCCUGAAAGAGAGAGAGAAGUGGGGGAACAAAAUUUACAUGGAGGAUGAAUAUUAUUUUGAGGGGUACUGGAUGGAAAUCGUGGGGACGCUGGAGAGCAUCACCGACGCGUACACGGGGAUUGAGAAACGGGAGAGGAGAUUGAGGAGGAGGCAUGCAGAGAGAGUGGGGGAGAGUUAUGGUAAGGUGUGGGAGGAGCACCUUAAGGACGCUGGGUAUGGGAGGGGGAGUUGGAGGAGACCGUUCAUGACUCACUUCACAGGGUGUCAGCCUUGUAGCGGGGACCACAACCAGAUGUACUCUGGACAGUCUUGCUGGGAAGCGAUGCAAAUUGCUCUGAAUUUUGCUGAUAAUCAGGUGCUUAGGAGAUAUGGGUUCGUGCACCGGGAUUUAUUGGAUACGUCCACCGUCUUGCCUCUGCCGUUCGAUUACCCAGCAUCGGACCUUGUUGGAGGCGCUUCCUAGAAAUAUUUUAUUCUAACCAACUGUUAACUAGUUUUGUACCAUCAUCGGAGGCUUUACUAGUAGUAUCAUUAUUGAUUUGUGAAACGAUUAGUAUCAUAUAGAAAGAAGGUAUAUCAUAUUUAUGAAACUAUACUACUGUUACUUUACGAGUAUCAUUUUGAAGGUUAUGGGCUCUUAAUGGUGAGUGAUUGCAUAUGUAUUUCGUUUUUCAUUUUUUGGGCACCCUGGAGAUGUAUUUUCUCUGUUGUAAGUUAAAGUUGGGGGUCUUAUAAAGAGUGUUAAUGCAUGUACUAUACAUGCUGUACUAGUUUUUUUUUUU